AUGGAAGAACUUCUUCUCCGCGAUCAAGGAUGUAUACGGACGACAGCCAAAUCAAUUGCUCAUCUUCUCAUCGCGGACGGCAUUACCCUACUCACAGAGAAGACACAAAUUCUACAGCGAUGGGCCGAGCACUUCAGAGGCGUCCUCAGCCAUCCCUUCAACAUCUCUGACGCAGCUAUCGCCCGUCUGCCUAAAGUGGGGAUCAACGCCGAACUCGACUUCCCGCCCUCUCAUCAUGAAACCAUCAGCACCGCGCAGCAGCUUUCCAGUGAGACAGCGCCCGGAUCAGACAGGAUUUCUGUUGAGAUAUACGAGCGCGGUGGUCCCCAACUCAUGGAUCAUCUGAUUACGCUCUUUCAGGAGAUGUGCCGUCAAGGAGAGGUCAGACAGGAUUUCAAGGACGUCACAAUCGUCCGCCUCAGCGAGCGGAAGGGAAACCGCCAAAUCUGCGACAACCAUCGAAGCAUCCCUCUGCUGAACAUCGCCAGGAAAAUCUUCGCUCGCACCCUUCUCAAUCGCCAGAAUAACCACCAGGAACAGGAUUUUCUGUCGGAAGGCCAGUGUGACUUCCGCCGACAUCGAGAAACCACGGACAUGAUCUUCGCCUCCCGCCAAAUUCAGGAAAAAUGCAAGGAGAUGCGGAUCCACCUGUACUCUACAUCGUUGAUUUGA